AUGGUGUGGACACGCCCACGUCCAGACUGUGGGGUUCCGCUGGCCCGGGCGGAGAGGUCUUCUAUUUCCGGGCAGCGUAGCUUUCUCUCCAAAUUCCCACGGGCCUGCGGGAGGCGGGGCGGGGGCGGUGGGCGGGCACGAGGCCAUGCGCAUGCGCCCCAGCUGCCCGGGAGCCGCGCAGCAGGCCGCCGGGGCCGAGUGACAGUGACCCCGACCCCUGGAAGACCCAAGCGCCGGCGCCAGCGCCGACGCGCGGGGACCUCGGCCGCUCGGCCGGCUCCUCCGGCCACGUGCUGCGCCUCCACCUCCCGCUCCUUGCUCCUGGGCCUUGGCAGCUGCGGCUCGCAGCUCAGGGCCAGGGCCACACGGCCAGUGAGGCGGGGGCCCGGGGAAGGCGGGCCUCCCCAGGAAUCCUGGGUGGCCUUAGCUGUGGGAGGGGGUCUUCAGGAGGCAGGGGCCCGCGGGCGUCCCGCUGCCAUGGCAGGGCUGGGAACAGAGCAGGCACUAGCGGGUGGCAGGUGCGAGGAGGCCAGCAGCCUCAGGGUGGAGGCCGUGCGGCAGGGAGCGUCGGCGGCGGCUGAGGCGGCGGCGGCGGCGGCGGCAGCAGCUGCAUCGAUGGAGGCGGAGGUUGUGGGCAUGGGGGAGGCCUUGGUGCUGCUGGUGGACGACAUCAUGGAGGCUGUGGUGGAGGUGGUGGCGGAGGAGCAGGAGGAGCAGGAGUCGCAGGAGGAGGAGGAGGUGCAGGCCAAGGAGCGGGAAGAGAAGCCCUGGAAGCAGGGGCGCGCAGAGCCAGGGCGCGGACCCCCGACCUCCCUGAGCCCGCUGGAGGCCCUGGGGGCCCUUCAGUUAGAGCUGAGCGCUGUGAACGCCCAAGCCAACAGGGCCUACUUGCGGCUCAAGCGCAGGGUCCGUCGGAGGCGGGAGCCUCGUUUGGAUCGAAGAAGAGCCAUCAUCCAGGACAUCCCCGGCUUCUGGGCCAAAGCUAUUGUGAGUCACCCCCAGCUGUCGGCCUUGAUCAGUGACCAAGACGAAGAUGUGCUGAGCUACAUGAUCACCUUGGAGGUCAGGCCGGGCAGCCGCCCCAAGUACCGCUGCAGGUUGAUGUUCUUCUUCCGGAGCAACCCCUACUUCUGCAACCAAGUGAUCCUUAAGGAGUAUCACCUUAGCUUCGCAGGCUACAGGGCGUAUAGUUCCACUCCAGUGCAGUGGUUCUGGGAUUACGAACGGGGAGCCCCCAGCCGCAGGCAGGACGCCGUCAGCCUUAACUUCCUCAACUGGUUGUCAGGCCACGAUUGCCCCGGGUCUGACAGGAUUGCUGAGAUCAUCCGCGAGGACCUGUGGCCCAACCCCCUGCGCUACUACCCGAGGGAGCAAGGCGCCGGGAGAGGCCGCUUCAGCUGCACCUUGGGUUGUUCCCGUGCGUGUCCGUGUCGGUCUGUGCCCGCGUGCCCGCGAGCAGGCUUCCUCAUGCGUCGGUGGUCCUGCAGAGCCAGCGGUGAAGGCGACGGAGCAGGAGAGUUCGGCCGAGUAGAACGAGAGCCCGGAGGCGUGUGCAGACGCGCGUGAGACCGGCGGCCGGGGUCUGGGGCACCGGAGAGGAGCGAGGAAAGGAUCGCCAGUGGAGGUUGCAGAGGGUGGGCAGCACGUACCCGGAAUGAGGCCGAGAGAGACGUCAACAGGCUAACGAGUGCUCCUGUCUUG